AUGGAAUACUACACAGCAAUGAAAAAGGAGGAGCUACAGCUUUCUACCUACUUCUCCUCCAGCCCCCCACCUCCUUCCCUGGAUCUAGCCUCGCACCCAGCUCUGAUCCCUGUGCCUUUCCUCCUACAGCCAGAGGAUCUGGAUGCCCCCAAGAAACACCACUUCAAGUUGAAGACCUUCAAGAAGGUGAAGCCCUGUGGAAUCUGCCGACAGGUCAUCACCCGGGAGGGUUUCACUUGCAAAGUCUGCAGCUUCUCCUGUCAUCGGAAAUGCCAGGCCAAGGUGGCUGCCCCCUGCGUUCCUCCAUCCAACCAUGAGCUGGUGCCCAUCACCGCUGAGAGUGCACCAAAGAAUGUAGUGGAUACGGGAGAAGGAGCCUCACGGGGUGGAAACACUCGAAAAAGCCUCGAGGAGGACGGUUCCACCAGAGUCACCCCGAGCAUACAGUCCCAUCCCCAGCCCAUCAGGUAUGCCUGGCAGGGGCAGAAGUAUGAGCGAGAAUGCCAGCCCUGGUGUGUAGCUGAAGCUGCUGGAGGGCGCCUGUUGGAGGGUGAACUGCCCAGCGCACCUAUCCAAGGAACACAGAUGGCGCUGGGGGCCGCCCGCAACCACAGCAGCAAGGACUCAGCGCCCUCUGUUCCUGGACCCUUAGAAACCAGGGAGGCCCCUGCCAAGAAGCAGCUCUGGCAGCUGUUCAACCUCUCUGAGCGGAGACCUGAUGUCACGAAGCUCCAUGCUAAGGUACUGGAAUUUGGUUGGCCCGACCUACACACCCCAGCCCUGGAGAAGAUCUGCAGCGUCUGCAAGGCCAUGGACACGUGGCUCAACGCAGAUCCCCACAAUGUCAUCGUUCUACACAACAAGGGAAACCGAGGCAGGAUAGGAGUUGUUAUUGCGGCUUACAUGCACUACAGCAACAUUUCUGCCAGCGCAGACCAAGCUCUGGACCGGUUUGCAAUGAAGCGGUUCUAUGAGGAUAAGAUUGUGCCCAUUGGCCAGCCAUCCCAAAGAAGGUACGUGAAUUACUUCAGUGGCCUGCUCUCCGGCUCCAUCAAAAUGAACAACAAGCCUCUGUUUCUGCACCACGUGAUCAUGCACGGCAUCCCCAACUUUGAGUCUAAAGGAGGGUGUCGGCCGUUUCUCCGCAUCUACCAGGCCAUGCAACCUGUCUACACGUCUGGCAUCUACAACAUCCCAGGAGACAGCCAGACCAGCAUCUGCAUCACCAUCGAGCCGGGACUGCUCUUGAAGGGGGACAUCUUGCUGAAGUGUUACCAUAAGAAGUUCCGGAGCCCGGCCCGAGACGUCAUCUUCCGUGUGCAGUUCCACACCUGUGCCAUCCAUGACCUGGGGCUCGUCUUUGGGAAGGAGGACCUCGACGAUGCCUUCAAAGAUGAUCGAUUUCCAGAAUAUGGCAAAGUGGAGUUUGUAUUUUCUUAUGGUCCAGAGAAAAUUCAAGGCAUGGAGCACCUGGAGAACGGGCCGAGUGUGUCUGUGGACUAUAACACCUCCGACCCCCUCAUCCGCUGGGAUUCCUACGACAACUUCAAUGGGCAUCGUGAGGAUGGCAUGGAGGAGGUGGUGGGACACACCCAGGGGCCGCUGGAUGGAAGCCUGUAUGCCAAGGUGAAGAAGAAGGACUCCCUGCACGGCAGCACCGGGGCUGUUAAUGCCACGCGUCCCACCCUGUCAGCCACCCCCAACCACGUGGAGCACACGCUGUCCGUGAGCAGUGACUCAGGCAACUCCACAGCCUCCACCAAGACAGACAAGACCGAUGAGCCUGGCCCCGGGGCCCCCAGUGCCCCUGCUGUCCUGAGUCCUGAGGAGAAGCGUGAGCUGGAUCGCCUGCUCAGUGGCUUCGGUUUAGAGCGAGAGAAGCAAGGUGCCAUGUACCACGCCCAGCACCUCAGAUCCCGCCCCACAGGGGGCCUGGCUGCGCCCUCCUCAGGCCGCCAUGUCGUGCCAGCCCAGGUUCAUGUCAAUGGUGGGGCCUUGGCAUCUGAGCGGGAGACAGACAUCCUGGAUGAUGAGUUGCCCAACCAGGAUGGGCACAGCGUGGGCAGCAUGGGCACGCUCUCCUCCCUGGACGGGGUCACCAACACCAGUGAGGGAGGCUAUCCAGAGGUCCUGUCUCCACUGACCAAUGGUCUGGACAAGCCCUACCCCAUGGAACCUAUGGUCAAUGGUGGGGGCUACCCCUAUGAGUCUGCUGGCCGGGCGGUGCCUGCCCAUGCUGGCCACACAGCCCCCAUGCGGCCCUCCUACUCCGCACAGGAGGGUUUAACUGGCUACCAGCGGGAGGGGCCCCACCCAGCCUGGUCACAGCCAACGACCACCCCCCACUAUGGCCAUGACCCCAGUGGUAUGUUCCGCUCUCAGUCCUUUCCGGAAACCGAGCACCAGCUGCCCCCAGCUCCAGCCCGUGGGGGCAGCAGCCGGGAGGCCGUGCAGAGGGGGCUGAAUUCAUGGCAGCAGCAGCAGCAGCAGCCUCGCCCACCUCCACGCCAGCAGGAAAGAGCCAUCUUGGAGGGUCUUGGGCCCAGCAGGCCUAGCCCCCAGCCGUUGGCAGAGGCCCCCAUCCCUGGUCUCCCUGAGUUCCCGAGAGCAGCCUCCCAGCAGGAGAUUGAACAGUCCAUUGAAGCACUCAACAUGCUGAUGCUGGACCUGGAACCAGCCUCAGCCGCUGCUCCCCUGCACAAGUCCCAGAGCGUCCCAGGGGCCUGGCCAGGGGCUUCCCCACUCUCCUCUCAGCCCCUGUCUGGCUCCUCCCGCCAGUCCCAUCCACUGACCCAGUCCAGAUCUGGCUACAUCCCCAGUGGGCAUUCCUUGGGAGCCCCUGAGCCAGCCCCACGGGCCUCCUCAGAGUCCGUCCCUCCUGGCAGGCCUUACUCACCUUAUGAUUAUCAGCCAUGUCCGGCUGGGCCUAACCAGGGUUUCCGUCCAAAGAGCCCAGCCUCCUCGUCUGCCUUCCUUCCAACCACCCACAGCCCUCCUGGGCCUCAGCAGCCCCCGGCCUCUCUCCCUGGCCUCACUGCUCAGCCUCAGCUCCCACCAAAAGAAGCAACUCCAGAUCCUUCCCGAACUCCAGAGGAGGAGCCACUGAACCUGGAAGGGCUGGUGGCCCACCGGGUAGCAGGCGUGCAGGCUCGGGAGAAGCAGCCUGCAGAGCCCCCAGCCCCUCUCCGGAGGCGGGCAGCCAGCGAUGGACAGUAUGAGAACCAGUCUCCAGAAGCCACAUCCCCCCGGAGCCCUGGGGUUCGCUCCCCCGUCCAGUGUGUCUCCCCCGAGCUGGCUCUUACCAUUGCCCUUAAUCCUGGAGGGCGGCCCAAAGAGCCCCAUCUGCACAGCUACAAGGAAGCCUUCGAGGAGAUGGAGGGAACCUCCCCGACCAGCCCACCACCCAGUGGGGUGCGAUCUCCUCCAGGUCUGGCCAAGACACCCCUGUCUGCUCUGGGCCUGAAACCUCACAACCCAGCGGACAUCCUGUUGCAUCCGACAGGCGAGGAGGAUGAGGGGCAGAUGGUGGCCAAGCUUUCUGAAGCCUCAUACCUGGGGAAAGGGCUUUCUCCCAGGCUGGAGGCCAACAGGGUCGUGAAGCUGCAA